GGGGUAAUUUACACAGAGUGCUCAGUGACUCAAGACUGGUAGAGCUUGGCGUGAAAGCAGGGAAAGCCAGCGACGCGGGGCGAGCGGUCCGACUGCUGCAGCAACGGGAGGGAGAUACAGCGCCAGCGACCGAGGACGCGGAGCGAGCGGUCCGACGGCUGCAGCAACGGAAGCCCAGAUUACGCGUCUGCGAAGAAUUAGAGGCGGCGAGGCAGGCCAGUGCCAUUUACCAGUCACAAGGGAGCGGCGGGCAGAGUUGAGAGCUCUGCCCACCCGGGGUAAGUCUUUUUGACUUGUCCCCUUUUAAUGAACGCUAGCUCCCUAAAAGAGUAGUGACUGCUGCUGCCUUUCCUUUUUUAGCGCAUCGGGGCGCAGAACGCAGAGAGGAAGGCGAGGACGCCGCCGGGUUCCCUCCCUGUAUUGCUUCACCGGGGUGUCUUAGUGACUCUUAUACCGUAGCGGACGCCACUGGACUUUUAACGUUGUUUUAUUGAUUUUUAAUGUUGUCCCCUGGCCAGGGCUGUUUUAAUCUAUUUUAUGUUUUUUAACUGUUUACAUGUAAUAAAUUAUAUUUUAUCCUUACAGUUUUAAAAUUUGUGUGCAUUCCCUUGGCUGCCCCACUGCUCUGUCCGUUUUUAGGAGGGUUUCUCUCUUUUUUAACAUCUGUGCUUAAAUCACCUUCCCUCCCUCCGUUACACAAACAUGAUCGAAAACAACGGCUCAUCAUUGCGGUAUUCUUAAUUUAGGCUAUCUUCUUCAUGAACUACAGACACGGAAACACAAAGGCAUUUUAUGGCACUCCUGUCAAGUAGUUUUCCGCUAUAGGUGCCUUAACCAGUCACUGAGACAGACUGCGAUUUCCUGCCAUCUCUAAAACUACAGGGGGGUCGGCGACUCACAGGAAGGUCACGUUCAAACGAAUCUUUAAAGAAUGCGUAACAUCUCACCGGCCACAGCACAGGAGCUGAACAAACUACAAGAAUCAACUCCACUGGACUGCUAAACCUACAGAGGGGCCACCUUUGCAGGCUGCACAAGAAAUUUGGGAUAAACAAGCUACUUUAAAGUACGAUCAUGAACCACUAUGCACUACUACUAAUUGCUACCCCAGUACACUCCUACAGAAAUGUAGCCACGAUUAUAAAAGUACAAGCAUGUCUGUCAAGCAGAAGAGAUCCUUUUUCUUCUUCUUCCCUUGGGUGCAGACAUGGAUCAAGGAUUUCACUAGACACUAGGAAAGUUGACGCAGAGUGCAGAUUAUACACAACAAAUGUACUUUUUAUUUGCUUUUUUUAAAUGUUUUUUGCAGGGUCAUGCUUUUAAAACUACAGUUUAUGAAAUAUCUCUUUUUAGGCGCGAGGGAUACUUCCCCUGUGGUUGUUUACGCAACUUUUGUGCUCAGCAAGUCCAGUGUUCAGUCACCUUCUUUAAAAGUCUUUAUGGGCACAGCAUGCAAUUAAUCUUGAAUUUAAUAUUUAACAACCAUGUGUUUAAACACUUUGAGGGAAAAUGUGUUUGACUACAGUUUGUUUUUCUUCUGCGAGUAAAAUAUCUUCAUCAGCUGACUUUUAGAACAAUUUUGACCCAAUUAAAAAUCUUGUGCACUGGAUUCUUGACUUCUCAACAAACACGACUCAAAGAUAAAAGAUAAAUAAAAUUCUGUACCAUCAGGUUUUUAACCUGGGAUGUUCUCACCCUUAUUAAUGAUCCUGUAUACAAGGAUGUGUCAAAGCAGGCAUAAAAACAUUGUUAGUCUGUGCCGGGACAAUGAGGGCAACCACAGUGUAGUCUUUGAUGAUUCUGCUAAAUGGUCUGAGGAGUCCUAGCUUCAAUAGUUUUUUCCUUAGUUUUGUUCCACUGGAAGGAUGAAAUGCCACUCCUUUGCAUUUGGUGUUUUGAUGAUGGUGGAGAACAGGGUCUACCACGUUGGUCCAAAAUUUACCAAAGAUGUUGCAGCACAAAAACUCAAACUUUGAUUCCAUGCAGGUUGCCAGCAUUACCUGUAGUUUUCAUGCAAGGUCACAACUUGUUUGCAAUAACUUGCAGGCGGCAAGUGAACCGGAAAGUGCAGCACAGAAAAAAAGGUGACAGACUGUAACAUCUUACCACAGCAACCAACACAUUUUAGAAAGGGUCCCUUUCAGUUUUCAUUAUCAUUUGGUAAGCAGCUGGUGAACCUUUAUACUAGCAGCAGAAGUUUCCAGGCGGUUGCCAAUGGUCUGUAGGCCUGCGUGACUGAGGCAUGAGAUAAACAAACAAAACCGUGAUGCAUGUUCAUAUGAAUGAUUAAUUGCAUGGGUGCAAAGUCCUGCAGAUUCCUAGGCAAAAGGAUGCAGGACCCAGGUGUGGUGCUGGUAUCUUUGAUCUUAAACAUUUAAGAGUUCCAAAUAUGCAAGAUGUUUUUUAAAAAAAAGAUUGGUUUCUCAUGCUGAUGCUGUUCUCCAGGUAAUAGUUAUAGCAAAGCUUAGGAAUAAUGUCAGAGUUGCAAGUUACGCCAAACCCACAGCCGCCUUUUUGUCUUUUCUCAGGUUAUUUCUCAGUGUUGUCUGGUAAAGUUGAAGCACUGUCAACUAUGAGGUAUUAAAAAACACACUGUUUACUGUUUGUGUCAUCUUUGCCAGUUCAGUAACACUUCUGCCCAGUUUUUAAACUUAAAAUUGAAAUUCAGUCUCAGUAUUUAUGGUUAAACUUUGAACCUUCCACCUGCAGAUGCUUCCAGAACACAAAGUGCACGCUGAAAUGUUUGCUUUGGGUUCCGGCUGCACUCUGUGCUCUCUACUUCACAUGUUCAUCCAUGAAGUGAGUAUCUUUAAAAAAAGAAACACACAAAAAAACCUCAGCUGCCAGUUUAAUUCGACAUUCCUGAAAUGGCAUUCCUGCAACACAACUACAUGGAUCCAACAGGCACGAUCGUUUUGGAGAUGUAGAUUUCGUUGCUUUUGAAAUAUGUGGCUGACUUAUCUUGUGUCCACUCUGUUUGAAUCACUGUUGUAAGUAUUUUCAUAGGUUUCCAACCCAUGGAAAAAUGCACACUGGAAAAAGGAAAGCUGCCAACCCUGGACAACAGCGUUGAUGUCAGCCUCGACUUUUGGUCUCGAACUGACGUUCAAACAUGCACAACUUGGAAAGCUCCUAUUAUCUGGGAGGGGAUGUUUGACCCUAAAAUUUACGACCAGAACCACAAGAAGGAAGGAUCCUCUGUUGCUCUAACAGUGUUUGCUGUGGGAAGGUACUUGGACGAAUACCUCGAGACCUUUCUGAACUCCUCAGAACACCACUUUAUGGUGGGUUUGCCUGUGUCCUACUACGUAUUUACAGACAUGCCAGAGAAGGUCCCGCACAUCGAUCUCGGUCCUCAGCGAACCUUGACAGUGAUCAAAGUGCAACGGCACUCAAGAUGGCAGGACAUUUCGAUGAUGCGAAUGAAGGCGAUAUCAGAUGUCAUAGAGUCUGAUAUUCGCCACCACUCCACGCAUGUCUUCUGCUUCGAUGUAGAUCAGGUGUUCACUGGGAGAUUUGGCUCAGAGGCUCUGGGAGACUCUGUGGCUCUGCUCCAUGCCUACUACUACCACCUUCCAAAGAGUUACUAUACUUAUGACCGAAACCCGAAAUCCAAGGCUUACAUGGAAACCGGGGAUUUCUACUAUCACGCUGCUGUCUUUGGAGGUUCAUGGAAAAGCGUAAAAUCUCUGGCUGAGGCCUGCUACCAAAACAUCAUGGAGGAUAAACAAAAUAACGUGGAGGCUUUGUGGCACGAUGAAAGCCACCUAAAUAAAUACCUGUGGCUGCACAAACCCAGUAGGGUGCUUUCUCCAGAGUACUGCUGGGAUACCCAAAUCGGCUACAGGAGUGACAUUCAAGUCACUCGACUGCUAUGGGCACCAAAACAAUAUGAUAAACUGCGCACACCUUAGUAUUUCUUGGAAUUACACACAAAACCAUGCAAAUUCAGCAACUCUAAUAACAUGAAAACUAUAUGAAAACACAUUUUUCUACGUACUCCCAAAUAUGCAAAAGUCGGCAACCACUUCAAAUAAUGGUAUGAAAACAAUAUGGCAAAGGAAAAUUUUCCUAGUUACUCAUGCUUCCUCUUUGAGUUCAUUUACACUCAACUCCAAAAUGCAGGAUAAGUUUGCUUACAAGAACUCAGAUAAACGUCUAUGCAACAUUGUCUUCAUUUUCUAAAACUACAUGCGCUGAUGAAAGGUCAAACAAGCAAACCAAACUGCAUAUAAUAUACGAUUUCAGCUCUUCUUUAUCUCAUUUCUUCAGCUUCACUUCUUGUUUUGUGGGGUUUUUUUUGUACUGAUGUCACGUUCACAUUAUGUGGUAAAAUGCAUUUCUGGUUUCCAAGUAUUAAGCGCAGGUGGCUGAUCUGUUGAAAAUUUAACCCUGUAUUUGAAUUUCAUAUAAAGUUAUUUUGCAUUCCUGGAAUUAAGAUCAUCUGCAGCUCAUUAUUCUUGGGGAUAAGCCUGUGAUCUGAAUAUUAGAGUUAUAAUUUUUAAACAUCAUUUAUAACACAUGAACUUUGAACCAAAGGUUUAGUGUUCAUUGUCAGCUCGUGCUGUUUUUACAAGUGUGCUAUUAAUUGGUGUAAUGUUGAAAAAUGACUGAACUGUUUUGUAUAUUUAUAUUGUUGUGGUAUAACGAAUGUUGGUGAGUACAACUGCAAGUUAUUUUGUACUGAUAUCAAUAAAAUGACAUCUGGGGCAUUA